UUUGUAGAGCUGCGGUGGGCAUGGCCGGCGCGUGACGCAUCCGGCCCGCAGGUCGCCAGUUUGACACCCUUGUCUUAGAAGGUUGUUGAAGAAUGUUUGUUCCCAGAUCUCUCAAGGUCAAGAGGAAUGCUGUUGAUGAGGAGUGUUGUGUCGCGAAAACCCCCAAAUCUUCCCACAAUGAAUCUGCAUCGGAAAAGCCUAUAGAACUUGGAGAUUCCAGGUCUGACAUCAUAAAUGCAGCAACUGUUGAGACUGAUGCAUUGAAAUCAACAGAAGGACACAGUGCGCCACAGAUAUUUUCAGAUUCAACUCUGGCCCUUACUGAAUCAGAGUCAGAAAACAACGAGGACUCUUGUGAUACAGAGGAACCCAUAAAAUCUUUCAGUAAAACUCAGCGCUGGCCACAGUCUGGGGAACCUGUAUGCGUGGUCUGUGGCCGGUAUGGGGAGUACAUCUGUGACAAGACUGAUGAAGAUGUAUGCAGUUUGGAAUGUAAAGCCAAGCACCUUCUACAAUUCAAAGGAGAGGAGGAAACCUCAAAGCCUACUAAGAGUGAGCAAGCCGUCUCUCAUCCCACCUUACCUGAUGCCGCUUAUGCGUACGAAGAGAAUGAAUUCCUGUUAAGCCUUGAGGAGGAGCAGAUCGAAGGCUUAAAACAGCAGCUGGGCAUCGCUGUCGAAGGGCAAGGAGUUGCGAGACCCAUUGUUGAGUUUGAACAUUGUGGCUUCCCGGAAAUUCUCAGCAGCAAUUUAAAAAAAGCCGGCUAUGAAGUCCCAACCCCUGUCCAGAUGCAGAUGAUUCCAGUUGGGCUACAGGGCAGGGAUAUUGUGGCCACUGCAGACACCGGCUCGGGGAAAACUGCAGCUUUCCUGCUUCCUGUUAUAAUGAAAGCUUCAGAAGAGACUGACACUUUGUCUGCUCUUAUUCUGACGCCAACGAGAGAAUUAGCUAUACAGAUAGAGAAGCAAGCUAAAGAGCUCAUGAUUGGUCUGCCGAAUAUGAGAACCGUUCUUCUGGUUGGAGGAUUGCCUUUGCCGCCCCAGCUUCAUCGCCUGAAGCAAAACGUUAAG